AUGGAAGAAGAUCAUAAGAAUGAACUUGAAUUCAAAGCUCAGCAUAUUGCUACUGUCCCUGAGUACCUGCACCGUCAUCUUUUCAACAGUGAUGUUCCAUCCACUUCAACAACUCCUUCAUUCCAUAUCGAACUGCCUGCACUUAAAUCAUGUUCUCUACAGGAGCAUUUCAGAAUAACUGCAGAGGAGUUGACUCAAAAGUAUAGGAACUUUCUAAAUGCAGCGGCUUCACUCCCUAUGCAGUUUUCAAAACCUGCUCAUUGGAGAUUUGAAGCAGGGUGGACGAGAUACGCGCAUGACGGUUUAGUAGAAAAGGUCAGUCAUGGUUUAUCACUGUUUCAAACUUUGCAGGUGGAAUAUCCUCGAGAGGAUGUGUUCUUUUUUGAUGUGGAAACAUGCGUACAGGAUGGGCAGUUAGCUACCCUAGCAGUAGCUCUCUCUGCAGAAGCCUGGUAUUGCUGGUGUAGUGAUCGCCUUGUCAAUAAUACACCUGUUCCAAAUGCUAUUCGUCUGGAACACCUUGUGCCACUUGGAGGUUGUGAUAAAGCGCGCGUUGUCAUCGGGCACAAUGUUGCCUAUGAUCGAGCGAGAGCACGGGAACCAUACCUACAAAAGGUAUAGCU